UUGGUCCAUUGCAUUUCUCCUUUUCUACUUAAUAUUUUUUGCAGCUAAAUUCUUUUCUCUUCGAAGAGGAGAAAUCACCAAAACCCUCGCCAUGGCGAAACCCUCGCGAGCAAAGGACUCCUCGGACGAUUCUAUGUCCAAUUCCUCGGCGGAGGAGGAGGUGGUCAAGGAUCAGGUUGACGAGGAGGAUGAGGAGGAGCUGGAGGCUGUCGCUCGGACGGCCGAUGAUUCUGACGAAGACGACGAGGCAUCCGACGCCGCCGUUCAAGAAGACGAAGAAAAUGAGGAAGAUGAUGCUAUUGCAAAUGAAGUCUCCAAGCGUGAAAAAGAAAGGCUAAAAGAAAUGCAGAGGAUGAAGAAGCAGAAAAUACAAGACAUACUAGAUGCUCAAAAUGCUGCUAUUGAUGCUGACAUGAACAACAAAGGAAAGGGUCGCCUGAACUAUCUCUUGCAGCAGACUGAGUUAUUUGCUCAUUUUGCCAAGGGUGAUCAGUCUGCCUCUCAGAAAAAGGCAAAAGGAAGGGGUCGCCAUGCAUCUAAGAUUACUGAAGAGGAAGAAGAUGAGGAGUAUCUCAAAGAGGAAGAAGAUGGGCUUUCUGGCACUGGAAAUACAAGGCUAGUGGCACAGCCAUCUUGUAUUCAAGGAAAGAUGAGGGAUUACCAGCUUGCUGGUUUAAAUUGGUUGAUACGGUUGUAUGAAAACGGCAUUAAUGGAAUACUUGCUGAUGAAAUGGGGCUUGGUAAAACAUUGCAAACCAUCUCCUUGUUGGGCUAUUUGCAUGAGUUUAGAGGGAUUACAGGCCCUCACAUGGUUGUUGCCCCAAAAUCUACACUUGGCAAUUGGAUGAAUGAAAUCAAGAGGUUUUGUCCAGUGUUGCGUGCUGUGAAGUUUCUUGGAAAUCCAGAUGAAAGAAGAUAUAUACGGGAGGAAUUACUUGUUGCUGGCAAGUUUGAUGUCUGUGUUACAAGUUUUGAAAUGGCAAUCAAAGAGAAGUCUGCCUUGCGCCGAUUCAGCUGGCGUUACAUUAUUAUUGAUGAAGCUCAUCGUAUCAAGAAUGAGAAUUCUCUUCUGUCAAAAACGAUGAGACUCUACAAUACUAACUAUCGGCUUCUAAUCACUGGAACACCACUUCAGGUUCUUCGGCCCUUCCUUCUUAGAAGGUUGAAGUCUGAUGUCGAGAAAGGUUUACCACCUAAGAAGGAGACAAUACUUAAAGUUGGUAUGUCCCAGAUGCAGAAGCACUACUAUAGGGCUUUGCUGCAGAAAGAUCUUGAGGUUGUAAAUGCUGGUGGAGAGCGCAAACGUCUUCUUAAUAUAGCCAUGCAGUUGCGAAAAUGUUGCAAUCAUCCAUAUCUAUUUCAAGGUGCUGAGCCUGGUCCACCGUAUACUACUGGAGAACAUCUCAUUGAAAAUGCUGGAAAGAUGGUUCUUCUUGACAAGUUGCUUCCGAAGUUAAAGGAGCGUGAUUCCAGGGUUUUGAUAUUUUCACAGAUGACUAGACUGCUGGACAUUCUUGAAGACUACUUAAUGUUCCGGGGAUACUAUUAUUGUCGAAUUGAUGGAAAUACUGGUGGUGAAGAUCGAGAUGCUUCAAUUGAAGCCUUCAACAAGCCAGGAAGUGAGAAAUUUGUCUUUCUACUGUCAACCAGAGCUGGAGGUCUUGGUAUCAACCUUGCCACUGCUGAUGUUGUCAUUCUUUAUGACAGUGACUGGAAUCCACAGGUUGAUUUGCAAGCUCAGGACCGUGCUCAUAGAAUUGGACAGAAAAAAGAGGUCCAAGUUUUCCGUUUCUGUACUGAGUACACCAUUGAGGAGAAGGUGAUUGAAAGGGCCUAUAAGAAGCUUGCUCUUGAUGCCUUGGUUAUCCAACAAGGGCGAUUAGCAGAGCAAAAGACUGUUAAUAAGGAUGAGCUUCUCCAAAUGGUGAGAUUUGGUGCUGAAAUGGUUUUUAGUUCCAAAGAUAGCACAAUCACAGAUGAAGAUAUAGAUAGAAUCAUCGCCAAGGGAGAAGAGGCAACAGCUGAACUUGAUGCCAAGAUGAAAAAAUUUACUGAAGAUGCCAUCAAAUUCAAAAUGGAUGAGACUGCUGACUUGUAUGAUUUUGAUGAUGACAAGGAUGAAAAUAAGUUUGAUUUCAAGAAGAUUGUCAGUGAAAAUUGGAUUGAACCGCCAAAAAGAGAAAGGAAGCGCAAUUACUCUGAGUCGGAGUACUUCAAGCAGACAAUGCGCCAAAGUGGUCCCGCUAGACCGAAAGAGCCUCGAAUUCCUCGCAUGCCACAGUUGCAUGAUUUCCAGUUCUUCAACACACAACGCCUUAGUGAGCUGUACGAAAAGGAAGUGCGCUACCUUAUGCAAACACAUCAGAAGAAUCAAGUGAAAGAUACAAUAGAGGUGGAUGAACCAGAAGACGUGGGAGACCCAUUGACUGCUGAGGAGCAGGAAGAGAAAGAGCAAUUGCUGGAAGAAGGAUUUUCAACAUGGAGCAGAAGAGAUUUUAACACUUUCAUCAGAGCUUGUGAGAAGUAUGGUCGAAAUGAUAUCAGGGGUAUUGCUUCUGAAAUGGAAGGGAAAACAGAGGAAGAAGUUGAAAGAUAUGCGAAAGUUUUCAAGGAAAGAUAUAAAGAAUUGAAUGAUUGGGAUAGGAUUAUUAAAAACAUUGAAAGAGGAGAGGCUAGAAUUUCUCGGAAAGAUGAGAUCAUGAAAGCUAUUGGGAAGAAGUUGGAUCGCUAUAAAAACCCUUGGCUGGAAUUAAAGAUCCAGUAUGGCCAGAACAAAGGGAAGUUGUACAAUGAAGAAUGUGACCGUUUCAUGAUAUGCAUGGUUCACAAGCUUGGUUAUGGUAACUGGGAUGAGCUGAAGGCUGCCUUUCGUACUUCACCAUUAUUUCGCUUUGAUUGGUUUGUAAAGUCUCGGACAACUCAAGAACUUGCAAGGAGAUGUGAUACACUUAUUCGGUUGGUGGAGAGGGAAAACCAAGAAUAUGAUGAGAGGGAGAGGCAGGCACGUAAAGAGAAAAAACUAGCGAAGAAUAUGACGCCAUCUAAGCGUGCUGCUGCGAGACAGGCUGCAGAGAGCCCUCCUUCAACUCUUAAAAAACGAAAGCAAUCACUGAUGGACGACUAUGUGAGCUCGGGCAAGAAGAGGAAAUGAUGGCAGAUUGUGGUGUUAAUGGAUCAUGGGGUGGUUUUUUCUUGAUUGAGAUGGGCCACAAGACACCAGUUUUUGUCGGAAUUUGCUAAUUGUUUGGCCUUGGGAUUAAUAUAUCUGGAUGGCAGACGCAUUAAUUGUACAGAUUUAGAAUACAAAGAACCCAAGGCAAUGUUGUGCUAUGUGGAAAUGAGGUCCCUGUUUUGAAUAUGGGACAGAAACUCCUUAACAUGUAUCUGUAAGACUGUAGCAAGUGAACUUCUAAGAGGAUUAGUAUUAGGAAUUAGAGAUAGGAACCAUGUUAUGCUGUAUGCACUGUUCUUCAAUCUUAGUGCCAUACCAUCCAUGAUCAAAUCUCAUCCCAAUGGUGAUUAUUCUUAAAA